UAAAAAAAUUUAAUUAUUUUCACACAAAAUCUUUAAUAUAAUUAAUUUACGGAAAAUUUCUCGUAAUCAUCAUGGAUCAUUUUAAUAAAUUAAUUAAAAUCUCAAUAAUAUUAUCGAUAUUAAUUAAUUUAUGUAUAUGUGGACAACGUUCAUCAUCUUCAAUAUCAUCAACUGGUAUUAAUAAUGGUGGUGGUAUCGGAAAUAAUAAUGGUGUUGGUAUUAGCGGUGGUACAUCACAUUUUGUACAACAAAAUGGUGAAAUAAUAUCAGAACAUAGUCAAUUAUCUGGUAGUGAAGAUCUAUUUCCACAUCAUGGUCGUUGUGAACCAAUUACAAUAUCAAUAUGUAAAGAUAUACCAUAUAAUAUGACAAUAAUGCCAAAUAUAAUUGGUCAUACAAGACAAGAAGAAGCUGGUUUAGAAGUACAUCAAUUUGCACCAUUAGUUAAAAUAGCAUGUAGUGCUGAUAUACAAUUAUUUUUAUGUUCAUUAUAUGUACCGGUAUGUACAAUAUUAGAAACACCGAUACCACCAUGUCGUGAAUUAUGUGAAUCAGCAAGACAAUGUGAAACAUUAAUGAAACAAUAUAAUUUUAAUUGGCCAGAAAAUUUAGAAUGUUCAAAAUUUCCAUUAUUAGAAUCAAAGGAAAUGUGUUUACAUAGAAAUAAUACAACAACAACACCAAGUCCAAUACGUACAAAUACACCAAAAGUUAUACAUACACGUAAAGGUUUUAUUGAUGGACAACCUCAUCGUAAUAUUGGUUUUGUAUGUCCAGUACAAUUAAAAACACCAUCCGGUAUGGGAUAUUCAUUAAAAGUUGGUGGAAAGGUAAGGAUUCUUCCCUCAAAAAUUUAG